AGUUCAGACUCCAUUUUGACAGAAGAACAGAAGGCGUCUGGUUCAGGACUGACUGAAGUUCACAGGAUGAGUCUGAGUGUGGAUGAAGACGAGGACGGAGCAGAGUUAUCCCAUGAUACAAACAGGGGUUUGUCCAUAAAGGAACCUCCAGGGGGCAGUAAUGAACCAGGACCCUCUGAUCCACAAGGUCAGUAUAACAGACCCAGAGCAGAGUCUCCAGUGUCCACAUGUCUGUCCAUGAAGAGUGACCGGUCCAAGGGAUUUCCUCCAAACUUUAGUCGUGAACCUGGACCUUCAGACACAGAAGAGACGGAGAGGACUCAUGUUCCUGAGGUGGACCCAGCGUCCUGUUCUUUGUGUCAGAAGGUCCAGAGUGAUCCGGUCCGGACCAGCUGCGGACACUGGUUGUGCAGACAGUGCAUCACUUCAUACUGGGACCAGUCUGGUUCAUCAGGAGACUCCUCCUGUCCCCAGUGUGAAGAAACAUCCAGAACAAGAGCUGAGCUGCAGAUCCACAGCUCUGUCCAAAUUGAACAUAAACUCAGUCUGAGGAGCAGAUGUGAAUGUGUGACUGAAGGAACUGAGGAAACAGGAAGUAGAACCCGUCUAAACCGGAUCUACACUGAGCUCUACAUCACAGAGGGACAGAGUGAAGACGUUCAUACCCAACAUGAGGUGAGGACGCUGGAGACAGUUUCCAAGAAGAUCAUCCAAGAAAGUCCAAUCAGGUGUCAGGACAUCUUCAAAGCCUUACCCGAGCAGCAGAAACCCAUCAGAGUGGUUCUGACCAACGGCGUGGCUGGAGUUGGAAAAACCUUCUCGGUGCUGAAGUUCACUCUGGACUGGGCCGAGGGUUUAGAAAACCAGGACGUCAGUCUGGUGGUUCUGCUGUCCUUCAGAGAGCUGAACCUGGUCACAGAUGAGCAGUACAGUCUGCUGACGCUGCUCCAUGUUUUCCAUCCAACAUUACAGAAGGUCACAGCAGAGCAGAUCAGCGUCUGCAAACUCCUGUUCAUCUUGGACGGCCUGGAUGAAAGCAGACUGUCACUGGAUUUCCACCACUUUCAGGUUGUUUCAGACGUCACUCAGAAGUCAUCAGUCAACGUCCUGUUGACCAACCUCAUCAAGGGGAACCUGCUUCCAUCAGCUCUGAUCUGGAUAACAUCUAGACCUGCAGCAGCCAAUCAGAUCCCUCCUUCAUGUGUGGACAGGGUAACAGAGGUCCGAGGCUUCACCACUGAUGACCAGAAGGAGGAGUACUUCAAGAAGAGAUCCACUGAAGAAGAUCUGUCCAACAAAAUGAUCUCACACAUCAAGACAUCCAGGAGCCUCCACAUCAUGUGUCAAAUCCCAGUCUUCUGCUGGAUCAGUUCUACAGUUCUGGAGCACAUGUUGACUUCAGACCAGAGAGAAGAGCUGCCCAAGACCCUGACAGACCUGUACUCACACUUCAUCAUGGUCCAGACAAAGAGGAAGAACAAGUACAAAAAAGGACAUGAAACAAGUCUAGAAGAGCUGACAAAGGCAGACAUGGAAGUCCUUCUGAAGUUGGGGAGGCUGGCGUUUGAACAACUGGAGAAAAGAAACAUGAUGUUCUACCAAGAAGACCUGGAUCAGUGUGGUCUGGACGUCACAGAGGCCUUGGUGUACUCAGGAGUUUGUACAGAGAUCUUCAAAACAGAGACUGUGAUCUUCCACAAAACAAUCUACAGCUUUGUUCACCUGAGUGUUCAGGAGUUUCUGGCUGCAGUCUACAUCUACCACUGUUACACCAGCAACAACACAGAGGUUCUGAAGAGGUUUCUGGGUGACCAGGACAAGGGCUCAGAAUCAUUUUUCAUGAAAAUGUUCAGGCGUUUCACAGUCAGUGACAGCCUCAGUGACAGCCUGGUUGUUUUCCUCAGAAAAGUCAUGAUAAAAUCCCUUCAGAGUGAGAACGGACACCUGGAUCUCUUUGUUCGUUUCCUUCAUGGCCUCUGUCUGGAGUCCAACCACAGACUUUUAGGAGGUCUGCUGGGUCCAAAAGAGAACAGACCAAAGCUCAUCCAUAAAGUCAUCAAGAACCUGAAGAAGAUGAACACUGAGGACAUCUGUCCUGACAGAAGCAUCAACAUCUUCCACUGUCUGAUGGAGAUGAAGGACCAAACAGUCCAUCAGGAGAUCCAAGAGUUCCUGAAGUCAGAGAACAGAUCAUGGAAGAAACUGUCUGAGAUCCAGUGUUCAGCUCUGGCCUACAUGUUGCAGAUGUCAGAGGAGGUUCUGGAUGAACUGAACCUGCAGAAGUACAACACAUCAGAUGAAGGAAGACUCAGACUGAUCCCAGCUGUGAGGAACUGCAGAAAGGCCAUACUUUCUGCCUGUAGACUCUCACAGACUCACUGUGAAGUUGUGGCCUCAGCUCUGAAGUCUAAUCCUUCACAUCUGAGACUUUUGGAUCUGAGUGCCAACAACCUACAGAACUCAGGAGUGAAACUGGCGUCUGGACUGGAGAGUCCAAACUGCAGACUGGAAACUCUGAGGUUGUAUAACUGCAGUUUAUCACAGAUCAGCUGUUCUUCUGUGGCCUCAGCUCUGAAGUCCAAUCCUUCACAUCUGAUAAAACUGAGUCUGAGUGGAAACAACCUCCAGGAUUCAUCAGUGAAGGAGCUGUGUGAUUUCCUGCAGAGUCCACAUUGUAAACUACAGGAUCUGAGGUUGAAUAAAUGCAGUUUAUCACAGAUCAGCUGUUCUUCUGUGGCCUCAGCUCUGAAGUCCAAUCCUUCACAUCUGAUAAAACUGGAUCUGAGUAGAAACAACCUCCAGGAUUCAUCAGUGAAGGAGCUGUGUGAUUUCCUGCAGAGUCCACAUUGUAAACUACAGGAUCUGGGGUUGGAUAACUGCAGUUUAUCAGAGAUCAGCUGUUCUUCUGUGGCCUCAGCUCUGAAGUCCAAUCCUUCACAUCUGAUAAAACUGGGUCUGAGUGGAAACGAGCUGAAGGAUUCAUCAGUGAAGGAGCUGUGUGAUUUCCUGCAGAGUCCACAUUGUAAACUACAGGAUCUGUGGAUGUGGAGAUGCAGUUUAUCACAGAUCAGCUGUUCUUCUGUGGCCUCAGCUCUGAAGUCCAAUCCAUUCCAUCUGAUAACACUGCAUCUGGGUGGAAACGAGCUGAAGGAUUCAUCAGUGAAGGAGCUGUGUGAUUUCCUGCAGAGUCCACAUUGUAAACUACAGGAUCUGUGGUUGUGGGGCUGCAGUUUGUCCAAAAUCAGCUGUUCUUAUCUGGCAGCAGCUCUGAAGUCCAAUCCCUCACAUCUGAUACAACUCGACAUACGUUGGAACAACCUGAAGGAUUCAGAUGUUAAAGAACUGGAGGACCUUGUUCAGAGUCCACACUGUAAACUGGAGAAACUGGAAUGGAGGUGGUGGUCUGUGGAACAGUCACUGUGAUCAGGACUGUGUGAGGAUCAGCUGAGUCCAGAUGAUCGACAGAUGUGAAAGCAGCAGCACAUCCUCACUUCUUCUCCUCCACUCCUCACUUCUUCUCCUCCACUCCUCACUUCUUCUCCUCCACUCCUCACUUCUUCUCCUCCACUCCUCACUUCUUCUCCUCCACUCCUCACCCCUCCCUCUGAUGAUGUCACAGAAGGUGAGGCAGACUUCCUGUAGCUCCGCCUCCUUGGUUCAUCAUGUGACUUUAAAGGCGGUGAAACAUCCUUCCAGAUGAUUCUCUGAGAUGGAUUCAUGAGGAACCACGAAGCACUGAGGAGUGGAGGAGCUGAAAAAGAAGGAACUGACCAGAGGUUUUUCAUUGGAUGUACAGUCAGUGAACCAGUGAGUUCUGUGGAUGGCACUGAGUUAUUUUGUGCUGCCACCCUGUGGACUAAUGGAGAACUACACUGUAUACCUGAAAACUGGACCUGUGAUCAGGCAAGGGACUAUUUAUGGUCAUUUUCAAAUACAUUACAAGACAGUGACAUCAGCAGUUCCAGAGAGGACAGUGAGUCCACAAUCUGAGGUCCAAUGUGGUCUACCGGGGUCUGUCAGGUCCAAUGUGGUCUCCAGGGUCUGUCAGGUCCAC